GGAAGAGAAUGAAUGAAACAACAGCUGACAUGUAACCUGUAACACCGCCAUGCCUAUGGUACGAGGUCAGCGUAAAUUCUCAUUUUCUACUUGAUAGACGGCUUGUAUAAAAUAUGUCUCACAUUUAUCAUAAAAUGAGGCCGUUUGGCCUGCUCCUCCUCCGCCAUAUCUCCUCCCUUCCCUCAUCGGCUGUCCCCUCAGGCACCAGGACAUGCUGCCUCCACCUCCGAGGGGUCUUCACUGGUUCUCACCCCUGCUACCAGAGCGCCAUGCCGGGUCACAGCUGCCAGCACAGGAGGGGUGUGAGCACAGCUCUCGGGCAGCACAUGCAGGACCUGAGUGGCCCUGAGCAGAGACUGUUGAGUAAGCUGUACGAAGGGCUGAUCGGGGGUCAGCGGGCGUCUCUGGCUGAGUCCAUCACUCUGGUGGAGACCCAGCAUCCCAGGAAAAAAGAGCUGGCUCAGGUGCUGCUGCAGAGGGUGCUGGCCUACAGAAGAGAGCAGGAGAGCCGUAACGGAGGGAAGCCGGUGGCCUUCAGAGUAGGUCUGUCAGGUCCUCCAGGAGCAGGGAAGUCGUCCUUCAUCGAGGUGGUCGGGAAAAUGUUGACAGCGCGUGGACAUAAGGUUUCAGUGCUGGCUGUUGACCCGUCCUCCUGCACUACAGGAGGGUCUUUGCUGGGCGAUAAAACCCGUAUGACUGAACUCUCCAGGGACAUGAACGCCUUUAUCAGACCGUCUCCGGCCUCAGGAACACUCGGUGGAGUCACUCGGACGACUAAUGAGGCCAUUGUUCUCUGUGAGGGUGCCGGGUACGACAUUGUCCUUGUAGAGACCGUAGGUGUGGGCCAGUCAGAGUUUGCAGUGGCUGACAUGGUUGACAUGUUUGUGCUGCUGAUUCCACCAGCAGGGGGCGAUGAACUUCAGGGUAUCAAGAGGGGCAUCAUUGAGAGGGCCGACUUGGUGGUGGUGACCAAGUCAGAUGGAGACCUGGUGGUGCCAGCCAGGAGGAUCCAGGCUGAAUACACCAGCGCACUCAAGCUGCUCAGGAGGCAGUCCAAGUCCUGGAACCCUAAGGUAGUACGUGCCUCCUCACAUACCAGUGAAGGCAUCCCAGAGGUCUGGGCCAAGAUGGAGUUGUACCGGGACGCCAUGUCAGCCAACGGUGAACUGCAAGCCCGACGGAGGGCCCAGCAGAAAGUGUGGAUGUGGAGCUUGAUCCAGGAAAAUGUCCUCCUCCAUUUCCAGAAUCACCCCAGUGUCAGAGACGCUCUACCCCACCUGGAGGAGAGGGUCACCAAAGGAGCCAUUUCGCCAGGUUUGGCUGCUGACUUGCUUCUCAAAGCCUUCUCAUCAUCAUAAUAAUCAGUGGGGCUCUGCUUCUGGACGGGGACGGAUGCCUCAUGUCUGAUCAGGACCAGUCAGGAUCAGUGCCAGCGAAAGCCAGGACAGAGCAAGCAUAUGUCACCUGGACUCAAAAAGGACCAGUUUUGCUCUUUUUACACUUUAUGUUUAAAACUUCUGAGACAGAAGUCACCCCUUCACAGUUUCUGAACGCUUUAAUCCUCUUGGGACAGUGGACGGCAAAAUUGAACAUUUCAGUUGUGUUUAACAGUGUUGUGAUUUACUCCGCUAGUCCCCUGGUUAAGCAGAUACUGGGACCUUCUUGACCAAAAACACUACAGACUCUCAUGGAACCACCUUCCUCAUACAGCGAUCAAAUCGUACAAAGACAGAAAAGUGCUAACAAAAGGAUCAGGCUGACAGAAGUGGCAUUUGUUUCGGGCCACGUGUUUCUCUUGUUGAACUGAACAUUGCUCUAUUAACGAACACAAAUGCUCUUUCGACUUCAGCUGGGCUUUCACAAUGUGUUUUACUGACUUAUUAUUUGUUUCUGACUUGAAUAUCAUAUUAGGAUUAUGUGAAUCUUAAAUGGAUAACUGAAUAACAUUAAAUCUGUCAGAACAGCCA